GUGCAUCCCCGCCCCUCGCUGCUUGCUUAAUGGUAUGAUCCUUGUCUAUCAGACAUUUAUUGGUUGCAUGCAUGAACCUGACAGUCAGUCACUGCACACACGCAUGGCAUGCACGAAGCACCCGUAGAGCAUAACAUUAACAUGACAUUCAAGCCUAACCUUGACUUGAUAGGCUAUUCAUUUGGUUUAACAUGUAUCUACCUACUAUUUGCAUGUUGGCACUGCUUUUCAGAGUCAUUUGUGUCUUUUUGUGGGUCUAUACACCUGCUAACUACAACCCAUCAAGCUUAUUGCAGGUUCAUGCCCUUUUAGCACUUCGUUGAAGUAAGCAGAUAUGUGCAUGAUGGCACAGCCAUACAUGUCUUUCUGUAUACGCUGCUAACUCAUGUCCCAUGCAGGUUUAUUGUCUUUUUGCACCUAGAUGAACUCUCAAGGAUAGGUCUUAUAACCCUAAAAGUACACAUCAUAGGCCUACAUUAAAUUACAAUCAAUGUGUUCACAGCUGCACGAGUAGAUAGAAAAUUAUUUUUUUAUUAUUAUUAUUUACAACGGUUAGUUGAACAUUAUAGGGUCUCUGCCUUCCAUUCCCUGUUUGCUAAGUUAAACACAUAAAAUCAACUAAAUCUGUCCCAGUGCUAUAAAAAUUCUCGAGAAUAUUGGUCCAGAACAUUUCGCCGCUCGGUCUCGUGAUUCUCCAAAUGCUUCCCUGCCGUCGAUGCAGGUAAAACAGCAAAAAACGCUGUCUUUCUCAGUAACGCAGUGCUCGUGACGCCUUUCUUCUUCGUCGUUUCUUCUAUUUGUCUCUGACUCAUGCUCCAAUCCUUUAUUGAUGCGUCAGAUGUUGUGGAUGCCACGGAAUACAUGAUGCAAUGUUGCAGCAACAUUUAAGAUGAUCGCGAUGAGUUCUGCCUCCACGCUAUCUGUUGUCAAACCAUACCCAUCUACAGUGACAGCUGCCGCACUUAUUCUGCUUCAUAUCCGGCCUCUCGCGACCUCAGACCCCACGUCAUAUCCCACCCCUUGCAAGCCCAACUCCCUUAACCACCCGGAGGUCCCCAGGCUACAUGGGUCAAAUGCAGAGAUCUGAUUUAUUUUUGGAGUACCUGCACAUAUGCAAGACAAAUAAAAACGGAACCGCUGAAACCAAAACCUCAGUCUGGUCCACAACUUCCUUUAACGGUUACACAACAUUACCAUCCGAUUUUGACCUCCGAUUUUUGUGUUACAUGGAGCCGCCCUCAUCUCACGCAGCUUUGUGUUUCUAGGAUCUGGAUGCCAAGAAAUAUCCCAUGUCGGGUCCACAGAGAGGCUACUGCUUGAUCGUCAACAACUUCGAUUUCAGCCGUUCCUCUCCAAAACUUAGUAAUCGAACAGGGACAGAAGUGGAUGAAGAGAGCCUGAGGUGUGUGUUCACCUGGCUGGGCUUCCAGGUGGAGGUGGUGCAGGACGCCACCAGCGCCAAGAUGCUCUCCUCCAUGGAGGAGCUGGCCAGCAGGGACCACAGAAGGAUGGACUGCUUCGCUUGCGUCGUCCUGAGCCACGGCCUGGAGGGCGGCGUGUACGGGGUGGACGGGGGGGUGGUCCGGCUGGAGAAGCUCAAACGGUAUGUGGAUGGGGAGCAAUGCAGCUCCCUGAGAGGGAAGCCCAAGCUGUUCUUCAUCCAGGCCUGCCAGGGCAACAAGGAGGAGCAGGCGGUCCCUGUCCCGGCCGACGGACCUGUCAACCCUGAGGUCCCCGCCCAGACCGACGGACCCAGCAGCUCUGGGGAUAUCCGCAGCGACGUUGCGUCAGCGAUUGUGUCGAUACCCAUUUCGGCAGAUUUCCUGACCGCCAUGGCUACCACUCCCUCCUGUGUCUCUCUCAGAGACAGGAAGAAAGGCACCUGGUUCAUCCAGUCCUUGUGCGAGAAACUUAAACUCUUGGUUCCACGUAACAGAGACUUACUCAGUAUCCUGACGGAGGUGAACAACGACGUGAGCCAGAUGUCCGACCCCAACAGCAGCAACAUGAGACAGAUGCCCCAACCUAUCCACACUCUGCGGAUGAGUGUGUUCUUCCCAGUCCCUGAAAAGCCUCCUCGCAGUCUGCCCACCAGUAGCUCCCCGGGCUCAGUUCCAAAUCCAAUUGGUCAACUUGUGCACUAUAUAGCUCAAUACUUAGGGUGUUCCAUAUUGUAAAAUUUUCCAAAAUGUGAGUGUAACAAUCAGGUUCCCAAUAUAGGGCAAGGGCACUAUACUUAGGCCCAAUCCCGUUUCUUUGCUCACUGUCUCAACCCUACAUCUCAACCCUAACCCUCAUUGCUCAUGCUCAUUGCUACCCCUCAUUGCUACCCCUAACCGAUCC